AUGUCGUCAGAUCUCUCUGAAAUGUGUGAUGCUGACAAGGAAGCAAUCCAGUUAGCCUUAGAAUAUGUUAGUAGAAUAGAACAAAGUCCCUGUACUGGGGGUACCGACGAGACGCUAGACCUCAUCUUUAACCAUAGAGUUUGGGAAGACUUCGUCAGUCCGGCAAUUCUUACAUCAAACUUCCUUACAUCAAUUUUGCUGGCAAAUAAUGGUUCACUCGAUUCACUAACCGAUGAAAUGUUCUUCUCUUUAGUAAAGAGUAAUGUAAUGGGUCUUACAGCCGUAUUCGGAUCUGGAAUAGCAAUAGAACCAGGGAUUUAUUCUAAAUAUUCUUCGUUUGUUCCAUACGCUUACCAUAAGAAUGGUAUUGUGUUUGCCCAUGAUGUUGCUUUGUCGUAUACGUACCAAGAUAACAACAAAACUUUGUGGUAUCAUCACUUAAGUAACAGGAACUGGGAAAACGCGACAAGAACAGUAACAAAAACAAAAUUCAGGUCAGGAAAUAUAUCCUUACCGGAAAUAGAGACAGUUUUACUUACAGCCAAGAUAGAAGACGGUCAUUGGACCAAACCGUACUUUGACUGUGGUGGAGGCGAUAUUUGGAUGGUUACAUUUACAUCUCCUUUAUUUUCACUAGAUUUAACUGGACAGCCCAAGUUUCAAGGUAUAGCUUCAGUUGACAUAGAGCUAACGAAUAUCGACAUAAAUCAGUGUGAUCCAGAUACCAAUAGUUAUAGUGCCCUGGACGUAUUCCGAGGAACCCAUGCAUGUCCUGACACAACUGAGUGUGUGUUUCUGAAAGGACAAGGUUUUAAAAAAGGUGCUUACCAGUGUGUUUGCAGCAAAGGUUACUACUUUCCAAAUUUGAACGCUCAAGUUAAAGCUUUCGGGGGUCUAGAAGUGGAAAACUCUACAGAUACCUCUCAUUACAAAUGCUUACCAUGUAUGGAGGGUUGUACGGAGUGUGAUGAUGAUUCGCCAUGCCUGUACCAGUUUAUGUUUGCAUUCAGGUUCCCGGUUUUACUGGUUACUCUCCUGACGUGUAUUGCUAUAGGAAGUUUGUCUGUCAUCACUAUUGUCUUCAAGAAUGAAUUGGGAUUCUUUGCUUAUCCAAAAGCCUCAAGUUUGCUCUGUAUAUCACAGAUCUGGGUGUAUCAUAUAGGUUUUAACUUAAUGUACGGAGCUCUAGUGAUAAAGACAUGGAGAAUAGCUAUUAUUUUCCGACCGGCAAGCAAACUACAAAGAGUAAAUUUACCAGACAGAGAACUUUUAAAAAGAUUUUUACCGCCCAUGUGUGUUGUAACUAUGUACCUCCUAGCCUGGACGAUAUCUACAAAAGGCACGACAGAAAUCUUAGAAACUUCAAAUUUACUGAAGUAUGAUGUUUGUUUAAACAGAUAUUGGCUUUAUGCCAUUCAAUGUGCUGAAGUUUGUCUUUUAUUAGCUGGUUGUUACAUGUGUUACUUGGUCAGGAAAGCACCGGGUCAUUUCAACGAAAGUAGAUACAUCACAUGGGCUGUGUAUAAUGGAAUAAUACUUGGUAGUUUUCUGUUAAUUCUAACGUAA